AUGCAGACUACACACCACACGAACGAUCGUGUCCUCAUUUUCACGUUGAUCAAUAAAGUGUUUGCAGAAGAGAUUCUGAGGGGAGUGGAAGAGAAUGCCUGUAUCCGAACACAGCUGGCAAAUCUGCAUUGUUCUUAUUCUCAUCAGAAGUUCCGAAUAGUCCAGCAGUUCACUAGGUGUAACAAUGGUUUUGGAACGCGUGUUGACCAAUACGAGGAAUUGCGGAGACCAGCCCGUCAUCAAUAG